UGUGACUUUCAAAUCUCCACUCUCCAAACAAGAUAAGGCAGUCUUCUCUCUCCAACUUUGAACCUUCGAAUUCCAAAAGAGAAAACGUAAUUCUCGGCAGAAUCUCGUCGCAAAAAGAAAUUCUUCCUCUUUCAUUCCUGAACUCAUUUAUUACUUCGCAGACCGAAACAGACAGAGUCUGAGAAAACAGGGAGAAGCCCGGUGAUAGAAGCUCGCCGGCUUUUCUACACGCGCUGCCGGAUAAAACAAAACCCAUCCACCGUCCCGGUUGUCUUGUUAGCUUAUGUUUUUCCGUUGAGAUCAUUUGCAGGCAAGGUUAGCUUGUUCGGCGAGAAUCCGCCAAUGUCGUCACCCCCCGUAGCCUCUCCUUCUCCCACUUCUCCGCCUUCUACGAAUACUACCUCUCCGGUGACUCCUGUAUCUCCCACCGUCUCCCCCCCGCCUCCCAAUUCUACCUCUACGGUAACUCCUGUCGCCUCUCCGCCCCCGGCAGCUCCAGCCCCCUCUUCUACAUCCACCUCUCCACCUCCUUCGUCGACAUCGAGCACCCCGACUCCACCACCUCCUUCUGGUUCUAGCACUCCAUCUACUCGCUCUCCUCCGCCGCCUUCCGGGAGAUCUCUGUUGUCUCCACCGCCGCCGUCGUCUUCUACAUCAUCGUCUUCUUCCGACUCGUCUAACGGUAUCUCGACCGGACUCGUCGUUGGGAUUGCGAUUGGUGGGAUCGCUGUGCUUGUUGUGCUAAGCUUGCUCUUUGUCUGCUGUAAAAAGAAGAAGAGGAGAGAUCAUGGCGUAGACUACUACGUACCUCCUCCUACGGGGCCAAAAGAUGACCCUUAUGGUGGACGUCCUCAACAGUGGCAACAUAAUGCCCCUCCUCCCCCACCAGGGGACCAUGUAGUCACAAUGCUGCCAAAGCCCACUCCUCCACCAUCUGUUGCAUCACGACCACCACUUUCACCAACUCAUGUUCCCACACCACCACCUCCGCCUCCAUUUACAAGCAGUAGUGCAGGGUCUGGAUCCAACUAUUCAGGCUCUGAGAACCCGCUCCCACCACCAUCCCCUGGCAUUGCCUUAGGCUUCUCAAAGAGCACAUUCACAUAUGAAGAAUUAGCAAUGGCCACUGAUGGCUUCUCGAAUGCCAACUUGCUAGGGCAAGGUGGGUUUGGAUAUGUUCAUAGAGGAGUGCUUCCAAAUGGGAAAGAAGUUGCAGUUAAACAGCUCAAAGCUGGUAGUGGGCAGGGGGAGCGUGAAUUUCAAGCGGAAGUCGAGAUUAUUAGCCGAGUACAUCACAAGCACCUUGUUUCAUUGGUUGGAUAUUGCAUGGCUGGAUCACAAAGGAUGCUUGUCUAUGAGUUUGUUCCAAACAACACCUUGGAGUUUCAUUUACAUGGAAAAGGGCGACCAACUAUGGACUGGCCCACCAGAUUGAAAAUUGCCCUAGGCUCUGCAAAAGGACUUGCGUAUCUGCAUGAAGACUGUAAUCCUAAGAUUAUUCAUCGUGAUAUCAAGUCAGCUAACAUUCUUCUUGAUUUUAAAUUUGAGGCAAAGGUUGCAGAUUUUGGGCUUGCAAAAUUUUCCUCUGAUGGAAACACUCAUGUCUCUACUCGAGUAAUGGGAACUUUUGGGUAUCUGGCUCCAGAAUAUGCAUCAAGCGGCAAACUCACAGAUAAAUCAGAUGUUUUCUCUUUUGGAGUCAUGUUGCUGGAGUUGAUUACCGGGCGCCGACCCGUUGAUACAAGUCAAACCUUCAUGGAUGAUAGCUUGGUGGACUGGGCAAGACCAUUGCUUACAAGGGCUUUAGAAGAUGGCAACUAUGACACUCUUGCUGAUCCACGGUUGGAUGGUGAUUAUGACCAGAGUGGGAUGGCACGGAUGGUUGCCUGUGCUGCCUCUUGUGUACGCCAUUCUGCAAGGCGUCGACCCCGCAUGAGCCAGAUUGUUCGGGCAUUGGAAGGAGAUGUCUCUCUGGCUGAUCUGAACGAAGGCAUCAGACCUGGGCAUAGCACAGUCUACGGUUCCUAUGGGAGCUCAGAUUAUGACACAAUGCAAUACAAUGAGGACAUGAAGAAAUUCAGGAAGAUGGCAUUAGGCAGCCAGGAGUACGCUAGCAGUGGGUAUAGUGAGCCGACCAGCGAGUAUGGUCUGUACCCAUCUGGGUCAAGCGGUGAGCAAACCACCCGAGAGAUGGAGAUGGGGAGGAUGAAGAAACAUAGUCGUGGUUUCAGUGGAAGCUGACAACUGAUGCCCACCUGCCUGUAAAGAAGCACCUACCUCCCUCAAUUCGGACCUUAACUGUCUUAAUUGCGAGUGGUAAACAACCUGUCUUCAUAGAUUAAUACAAUUGCUAUUUUUUCCCCUGGAAAUUUUCGGUUGUGAUUGUAUUUAUUUUUUUUAGUUGCUUAUACAACAAAAUAAUGAGAGCAAACUGGGUCAAUUCUUUGGUUGUUGGGACUUCCUUCUUGAGUCUUGCAUGUACAUACACGUUAUACCUUUGUGAUGAUAUUUCAACCGGUUUGAGUGAGCCUUGGGAGUUUGAAUU